AUGUCCUGCAACAGCCUGUGUGUCCCCAGCUGCGGAGUGGCCACCCCGGCCCCUCUGGCUGACACCUCCAACGAGCCCUGCGUGCGGCAGUGCCCCGACUCCACGGUGGUCAUCCAGCCCCCGGCCUCGGUGGUCACCUUCCCCGGGCCCAUCCUCAGCUCCUUCCCGCAGCAGAGCGCCGUGGGCUCGGCCGGAGCUCCCUACGUGGGAGCAGGCUCCGGGGGCGCCUUUGGAAGCCGUGGCGGCUCCGGCGGCUUUGGGGGCUUUGGGGGCUUUGGGAGCUAUGGAGGUUACGGCGGUUUUGGGGGCUAUGGUAGCUGCGGCCGCGGUUCCCGCUCCUUCGGGGGCUCCUGCGGGCCCUGCUAA